AUGUAUAUCCAAUUAAAUAGAAACAAAAAGAGAAAACUUAUUGAAGAGAAAUUAAAUGAGCAAGAAACUGCAAAAAUAUAUGCUGAAUUCGUUCGUUCAUUUGAAGGAAAUGCUUUUGAUAAAGAAAAUAAGUUUGUUAAAAGUAAAAUUUUAAAUCCGUCAACUGGUGAAAUUAUAUCAGCAGAAGAUGAAAAUAAGAAAGCAAAAGAAAAAUUUCCUAAGAGUAAUAAUUUAAGUGAAGAAAGAAAAAAAUAUGAUGAAAACGUAGAAAAUAAAAAUAAUACAACAAAAGUAAAGGAAAUAGAUAGUUUUUUAGAAGAAAUCAAACAAAAACAGAGAAUUUUAGAUGAAAGAAAAAUUUUAAAAGAAAAGGCUCAAUUAGCUAAAUCAGAGGAAGAAAAAAUUAAAAUUAAUAAAAAAAUAAUAGAAAUAGAAAAAAAUGAAACAAUAUUGUCUUAUGAACAAAAAAAAGAAAAAGUCGCUAAUUUAUAUCUAGGAAAUUUAUCUCCAGAAGUUACUGAAGAAUAUUUAUGUCAGAAAUUUGGUAAAUUUGGAAAAGUGAAUAGUGUAAAGAUAAUGUAUCCUCGUAAAGAUGAAGAUAAAAAAAAAGUCAGGAUAUGUGGGUUCGUAUGUUUUGAUAAUAGAGAAGAUGCUGAAAAUGCUAAAGAUGCUUUAGAUGGUAUAGAAAUGUUUGGAAACAUUGUGAGAGUUGGGUGGAGUAAAGCAAUUCCUAAAAUAGUGAAUAAUUCUAGAAUAGAAAUGAAUAAUUUAAAUAAUAACAAAUUUAAUGUGAAUAAUAACAACUCAAAUAAGAAAAUUGAAAUACUCUUACCAGAAGAUAAAAAAAUAAAAAGAAUAAUUGAUUUAUUAGCUAAAUACGUAACUGAAGAAGGAUAUGCAUUUGAAGAAACUAUAAAAAAAAAUGAAAAAGAUAAUCCUUUAUUUAAUUUUCUUUUUAGCACAUCUGAUUUAUUUUAUUAUUACAAAUGGAGAGUUUUUUCUUUUGCUCAAGGAGAUAGUUAUAAAAAUUGGAGAUCUGAUCCAUUUCAAAUGUUUACAAAUAGUUAUAUUUAUAUGCCUCCCUUAAGAAAAAAUACAAAAAGUAAUUUCUCAAAAAAGAAGGAAAACACGAGAAAUAAAAAGAAUGAAUUAAACGAAAAAAAAAAGAAUAAGCUAAUUAAUAUUAUAAAUAAUUUGAAUAAAAAAAGAGUAAGUAUUUGUCGUGCUAUGAUAUUUUGCACAAGGCAUAGUGAUUUCAGUCUAGAUAUAAUUAAAACAAUCUCUAGCUUUUUAAUUGAUUUGAAAUAUGAUUUACUAAAAAAGAUAAAUUUAGUUUAUUUAUUAUCUGAUAUAUUGUACAACUGUAGUAAUGAGUUUUUUUUAUCGUGGUCAUUUAGAAAGCAUAUAGAAGAAGAAUUACCUAGAAUAUUUUAUUAUUUUCGAAAGAAUAUAAAAAAAUGUGAUAGUAAAAUAAAAGUAAAAAUAUUUACUGAUUCUAUGAUGAAUAUUUUUCAUAUGUGGGAAAUAUGGGCUAUUUACAAUUCCUUUUUUAUGAAUGGAUUAAAGUGCUUGUUAUCAAAUAAAAAAAUUAAUUACAUAAAAGAUCAAGUACAUGAUUCUGAUUGCGAUGAGGAAAUAGAUGGUAUGAAAAUAGAUUUUUUUGAUGAAAUAAAAAAAUAUCCUCUAAAUUUAAGGAAAUAUGCUUAUUUAUAUUUUCAAAAAGAUGAUUGUCAAAUAAAUCGACUAUGCGAACAAAGAGGCUUGUAUUUCAAUGAAAAUUUUAACAAAAAAAAAAAAAUAAAAUAUUUAUUAAUAUAUGAUGAUUUCUGCAAUAAAAUUAAUACAAUAGUAACAAAAAGUAACUAUUUACAAGAUGAUAUAAAAAUCCCCGUUUUAAAUCAAGAAAUAAACGAUAGUUUAUGUGCUGAAGAAAAAAAUGAUAAAACUUUUGAAAAAUAG